AUGGCAAUGAGAACUCUGGGACAUUCCUUAUCCCUACAAACCAGCGAAGUGAAGUCCGAUACCACUGAGGAAAUUCGAAAGCUAGUGAUCCGGUGUACUGAAAAUACGGGAGGAAUGAGCGUUCCUGAAGCAGUGUUGGAGGUCAACGUAGAGUCAGUAUUCCUGAAAAGGCGUAUCUUACCAAAUGGACAACGUGAUGUGCUGAAAGCGAUCAAACGAAUGCGGAAGAAUGGUGUUAUUUCCCGAAUGACAUCAUCAACUUGGGCAAAUCCGAUUGCUAUCGCGAUGAAAAGUGAUGGCAGGACUCCGGGGAUAUGCGGUGAUUACCGAUUGACACUCAAUCCUCGAUUGUGA